UGCCUCAUUUGCCAGAGGCAGCUUUUUUCAAGUUUUGUUUUGACAAAACUGACUUAAUGUGAGCAUUCCUUUAAUGGCUUUUAUGAGAAUUCCCUGAUGACCCCUUUCUGCUGUGGUGAACUGAGCUAGGUGUGUGUAUCGGCCUACCUUUGCUGCACAGAACAGUGUCAAGCAUCAUUGUAGAAUUGGAGCAGAUGGUUCCUGUCAUGGACAUCAUGACCCCAGCUCCUCUGACACAGAACUGCUCCAACUGCAGCAACGUUUUCGUCCCGGAGCUCAACAUUGUCAAGGCUGUGACUCUGGGCUUGAUCCUUGGUGUCCUCAUUGUGUUUGGAAUUGUGGGAAACAUCCUGGUAAUCCUCUCUGUAGUUUGUCACCGACACCUGCGGACGGUCACACAUUAUUUUAUAGUUAAUCUGGCCGUGGCCGAUUUGCUGCUGAGCUCCACUGUACUACCCUUCUCUGCCCUUUUUGAGAUCCUGGAUCGUUGGGUUUUCGGACGGGUCUUCUGUAAUGUGUGGGCAGCUGUGGAUGUGCUCUGCUGCACGGCCUCCAUCAUGAGCCUCUGUGUGAUCUCUGUGGACCGCUACAUUGGAGUCAGUUAUCCUCUGCGUUAUCCAGCCAUCAUGACAAAACGCAGGGCUCUGCUGGCGGUGAUGGUGCUGUGGGUGCUAUCUAUCAUCAUAUCUAUCGGACCUUUGUUUGGCUGGAAAGAGCCUGCUCCGGAGGACGAGUCCGUCUGCAAGAUCACAGAGGAGCCUGCCUACGCCAUCUUCUCUGCUGUGGGCUCCUUCUACCUCCCUCUCACCAUCAUACUGGCCAUGUACUGUCGGGUCUAUGUGGUCGCUCGCAGAGAGAGCCAGGGCCUGAGGGAGGGCCACAAGACUGAGAAGUCCCAUUCGGAGCGGGUGAUACUCAGGAUACACAGAGGCAACACGACUGUGUCGGAGGCCGAGGCCCUUCGCAGCCGCACUCACUUUGCACUGCGACUGCUCAAGUUCUCACGUGAGAAGAAAGCUGCAAAGACCUUGGGCAUCGUGGUGGGCUGCUUCGUGCUAUGCUGGAUGCCCUUUUUCCUGGUGCUACCCAUAGGCUCCAUAUUCCCUGCAUACAGACCUUCUGACACAGUGUUCAAGAUCACCUUCUGGCUCGGUUACUUCAACAGCUGCAUCAACCCCAUCAUCUACCCGUGCUCCAACCAGGAGUAUAAGAAAGCUUUCCAGAGUUUACUUGGAGGUCGCUGUUUGAGAAGGACUCCCAGACCACAGCAUCAACAUCUGGGUGCAGGUCAGAGUCAACCACAAGGUCACAGCAAGCCCCUCACGCUGAGCCCAGACAGCAGGGUGGCUCCCUGUCAGCUCAGCCCCUCCUCUUCCAUGGCCUUGUCCAGGACCCCUUCCUCCAAGGACAGCAGGGACUGGAGGGUCUUUCCUGGAGGCUCCACGAGUGGCUCGGGCCCGGCCACGGCGGGCAGGGCUAAAGUGGCCAAACUCUGCAGCAAAAGCUUCCACCGAACCUGCUGCUGCAUCCUCAGCAGCGGGACCCCACCGCAGGAGUCAGACUGUGCCCAGCCCCCCCCUGCCGGAAACCUUCCCACCAUUAAAAUCCACCAACUGUCCUUGUCAGAAAAAGGAGAGUCUGUGUAACCGCUGUAAUCCUUCAUCCAUUAGUAACGACUCCUCUUUCAAGGUCACAGAGGAGAACAUAUAUCCUUUUUGUCCUGUUGACAUCACAACUGCUGCUUUGACAUUUUACAUUUUUAAUGUCACUGCCUUGAUAUCAUUCUGUGAUUUUUGCUUGAUGUGAGAAAAUCUUCCAAAGAAAUAUCAUAAGCACUAUACUGUAUGUUUCCUCUUGAAGAGGAAGGAGUUCUUAAAGACAAACUACUGCAACACACAGCUUAUCACUGAACUAAAAAUGUCUUCUUUUAAAUCAUAAUGGCAGAGCCACUAUCUAAUCAGUUUUUGGAAACGACCCUUUAAGCACUAGCUUUUUCCUGAAAAGGACCAAGAUAUUCCUGGAUGUUUACAUGUUUAUAUCACAGAGGAGCCAUUUUAAAUGUACACAAAUGUUUUAUAUAUUGCAUGAUUUCACCAAAUGUUACAAAAAGUGCUGGUCUGUGUGCUCCCGUCGUUUGCAUAUAACGCUGUUCCUGAGACGCUGUGUGC